AUGCCCGCGCGUGAGACCCGACGCGAGGUUGGUCUGGAGUGGGAACCCAUCCCGGACAACGUCCUGGUGCCGCGACGCGACAGACGAGACAGGUUCGCGCGCCCUUUCCCCCCGGACGUCCAGGUGGUGCGCAGGCGAAACGUCGGUGUCGAUGCCGUCGAUGCCGCCGAUCGUCGGAGUGUACCGAGGGCUCGGGGCAAACGGCCAAGGCGGGCGGUCGUCGACGACGUCCACGACGCGCACGACGCCGCCGCGCCCGUGGCGGUCGCGGGGCUGGACGAUUCCCUUGACCCAAACGCGGUCCUCGCCGCGCACCUGUCGUCCGGAUGGAGUCUUGGGCGAAAAAGCGACGGCGACGGCCGAUCGCUCGUGCCCCCCGGCGACGGAGCCCGAGGAGCCACGACGCCGGCGAACGCGGACCGGGGAACGACGUCGUCCGAGCUGCUCGUCGUGCGACGCGCGUACGGCAUCGAGCCACCGAACGCACCGAGCCGCGCGUCCGCACCCUCCGACGCCGCGUUCGCAUCGCUUUCAUCUGCGGUGUCGUGCGCGAGGCUCUGCGCCGCCGUGCUCCGCCGACGCGACUGGUGCGCAUCCGCGGUGGACGCCGCACACUCCGCCGUGGGCGCGUUCAGGCGGGAGGUGGCCAGCGCGCGCCGGGACGGAACACUCCGCGCACCCGCGGUCGUUCGCGGCCGCUCAGUCGCCGCGCCGGAGGAUGAGAUGGCGGCGAGCGUGCGCCGCGCGCUAGCCGCCGCGAAGGUCGCGCUCGAAGGGGCAGUCGGGGGACGUGAGACACGCGGAGGACGCGAGAAAAGCGGUGGCGACCGAGGCGACGGGCGGGACGACCCUUUCGCGGCGGCCAUGGCGGCCAUGGGCGGUGACUCACCGGGCGGUGACUCACCCGACGCGUCCGAACACUCAUCGAACGCGAUCCUCGACGCCCCCGUCGCCGUCGCCGUCGCCGUCGCCCUGGACGACGCCAUGUACGCGAUGGCGUACCACCACAGGUCGUGCGGGUGGACGAGCGGCGAUGGGUCGUGGUGGCCCAACCCCGCGGCGUACCUCACCGCGGUCACCGCGUCGCACGGUCGCUGCGGCGCCGACAUCUCGACGGUGAGUAAGUUUGUAUCGUCAGUCGCGUCCGCGGUUAAGGACGACGUCCUCGAGGGCGCGCGGGAGUGGGAGUGGCUCGACGCGAUUCGGAGGUCGAGGACGGCGGAGGCGACGUGGUUGCUGACCGCCACCGGUGCGGUCACCGCCGCGGACGUGCUCGCCGCGGGGCGAAGGGCGGCGGCCGAGGCGAAGAGGAAAACCCGGGGGCGCGCAACCACAACAGGGGACGGGACCCCGCCGCCGCCGCCGUGCCCGAAGCUCGUGCAGCUGUGGAGGGACGGCGCCAGGGUGUGGCCGUGCCGACUCUUCGCGUUCGCCACGCCCACGAGGCGGGCGCUGAGGGCGCUUUGCGACGCGUCCGUUUCGUGGGUCGAGGUGGGCGCGGGGCUCGGGUACUGGGCGCUCGCGAUGGAAAGCUCGUUCGGGAUGGACGUGGUGGCGCUGGACAAGACGCCAAACACCGAAGGGUUCGGCGGUGACUCACCGGGCGGCGGUGAGUGGGACGAGGGUGCGAUGAACGAGUACCACGGCCGGGCGGCGUCCUUUGUCAAAGUGCGCGAGGGCGGGCCGCGGGAUCUGAGACGAUACAAAAACCGGGCUCUGUUCCUUUGCUACCCGCCGCCAGGCGACGACCUGGCGGCGCGUUCGAUACGCGAACACGGCGGCGACGUCGUGGCGGUGGUGGGGGAGUGGGAUGGAAACACAGGGGACGUCGCUUUUGCCCGAGAGCUUCGCGAGUCGUGGAACCUGGCGAGGCGGGUGUCGCUACCGCAGUGGGGGGACACUGCGCACGAACUCACGAUUUGGCAAAGGAAAAAGACGGAUUCGACGGAGAGGGGCGGGACCCGCGGGGCGCAGACGCGCGUGUCCGCGUCCGCGUUCGCGGCGUGCCACACGUGCGGGAGCGGGGACCACGACCGGGUGUUGAGGCGAUGCGUGUACUGCCGCGUGGUCUGUUUCUGUUCGGAAAAGUGCUCUCGGGACGUCGACGCCACGCGGGCGCACUCCGACGAGCACGCGCUUCGCGACCUGGCGUGGACGGCGCCGGCGUACUCGGACGAGGCGAGUUUUCGAGUGUUCAGGCCGUGCGGCGGUUAG